AUGUCGAUAUUUGUACAAAAUUUCGACAUAAACCCGGUGUCGAGUUUUGGUGCAAUAUUCAACAUCGCUUGGAACCGCGUAUUCCCCAAACUGCUUCUGAGCGCAAGAGAAAGGCAUGCAUUGGUCAAUCGUAAAGUUCGACGUGGCGAUUCUCAAGCUACUCGGGUCGAUCCUCCGGCCAAUCGUACACGUUUACCUACCGAUGUUGAGCCUUCAUUGUCCAUACCUGAGGAUCCACCGCUCACAUCGACCACCGAAGUUGGUGGAUCUAGUAGCCAAUCGGCUGGCCCCAGAGGACCACAAAUACCAGACUUGAUGCCGCAGUUUGAGAAUCAUAUCGCCCGACAGAUUUUGUCCGGAAAGGAGCGCGAAAGUGUGAGGGUUCAUAAUCACACAACAAUGUUGGAGAAGUGGCGGAUGACUCCUUUUAUGACCGAGGUUGUCGAGAGGUCCGGUUUGAUGCCCCUUGUACGUCAUUCGUACAAGGUGAUAGAUAGUGCAUUGGUGUUGACUUUCAUAGAGCGGUGGCAACCAGCAACUUGUACGUUUCAUUUACCAUUUGGGGAGAUGACUAUCACGCUAGACGAUGUCAGCAGCUUGAUAGGUUUGCUAGUGGUGGGACGGCCGGUAUUUAUUCAACAAAUUAAUAAGACGGGGCCAUCGUCACAAGCAAUCGUAAAUCGAAUUCUCGGAGUAGUGCUUGAAUCGACGGAUAAAUGUUGGGGUCAAAAUCAGAUUGCGCUUAAGUUGGAGUGGUUGCGUAGUACUUUCAUUUAUGUGACAGAUAGUGAUGAUGAGAAUAAAAAGACGUGUGCGACAAGGGCAUUUUUGUUGUACGUAUUAUCAUGUACGAUAUUCCAGGGGCAAGACGGGAAAUAUGGGUACACUGCAGUUGUUGUGUUUGUUAGAAGAUUUGGACAAUAUUGUGACUUACGCAUAGGGUACAGCUUGUCCGGCGAGAUUGAGGGACCGUUAGUUACACGAUGGGUAUAUCCACUGAAGUCCGACUCAAGCAAUGACAGAGCCCGUGAUCUGCUUACUCUGAUAGAUGAUCUGAGCUUCGAUGAGAUUAUAUGGGCCCCGUAUGAGGUCCUCCGUGACAGGUUUCCUAUGCCAGAGUCCACGUGGUUUAGUGGCAUGUUACAGUACAUGCGUACUUUGGAGCCUUACCAUCCGGACAGGGUCUUGAGACAAUUCGGGCGUGUUCAGAAGAUUCCCGGCCAACCGUACAUGUCGGACGCUAUGUUUAGGAAGCAGAAGCGGGGCACACCUCAUCCUGUAUUUGCGGCGUACCAGAACAUAUAUUCUGAGCGAUGGGAAGAUCACUUGCUUAAUGAGCGGUCCAGAUCAGUUCCAGUGGUAUUAGGAGAGCCGGACACUACACCCGACUACAUGGAUUGGUAUAGGGAGCGGACCAUCACAAUACUCAGUACGCUUCCAGUUUCUCGACCGCAAACACCUGAGCGCCAUAUGGAUUGGAUAGGUUUAUAA